AUGGGGGCUCUGCUUGCACAAUACCUAGAGGAGUCUAGGAAAGAGAAUGCAAUCUACUACAUCAGCAAGAAGAUGUUGCCUUAUGAAGAAAAGUAUUCACCACUGGAGAAGACAUGUGUAGCACUUGUAUGGGCAACCCGCAAACUCAGACAUUAUAUGCUUACUUUCAAAGUCUUGUUGAUUGCAAGAAUGGAUCCUUUGAAGUAUUUGAUGGAAAAGCCUGUGCAAGAUGGAAAAACGGCUAAAUGGAAAUCUGUGAAGGGGACAACGAUUGUUGAUCACUUAACCCACUGUUCACCUGAAGAAGCUGAAGAGAUCCAAGGAGACUUUCCAGAUAAAGAUAUCAUGAGGAUUGAGGCGGAAUCAUGGAAGAUGUAUUUUGAUGGAGCAAAUAAUCAAAAUGGAAGUGGUAUUGGGGUUCUCUUAAUCUCUCCAAAAGGGACACACAUCCCAUUCUCUGGUAGGCUCAACUUUCCUACUACUAAUAAUGCCACUAAAUAUGAAGCUUGCAUUAUGGGGUUACGAGCAGUCCUGGGUCUUGAAAUUCAAAAUAGAUGGAAGAUCAAGGAAGAGAGGUUGAUGCCUUAUCAUGAAUGUCUUCAGAAGUGGGCCCCGAAAUUCAACAAGAUCCAGUACCAAUAUGUGCCAAGGAUGCAGAAUCAAAUUGCAAAUGCUUUAGCAACAAUGGCAUCCAUGAUGGAUGGACCUAAGGAAGAUGAAGCUAGACCAAUAGUAGUGGAAGCUUAUUGCAUGUCAAUAAAAGAAGAUGAGGAAAAGAAUGGAGAAGGUGAAUGGUAUUCAGACAUUUUACAAUACCUCAAGGAUGGGACAUACCCAAAGUCAACAAACAAGAAUGAUCAAUUGACCAUUAGAAGGUUGUCCACUAAUUAUAUUAUUUGUGGGGAGAGGCUUUACAGAAGAUCAUAUGAUGGAAUUCACCUUCUUUGUGUGAUAGCCAAGGAAGCACAGCAAAUAAUUGAAGAAGUCCAUGAGUCAAGCUAUGGGCCACAUAUGAAUGCACACAUACUAUGA